AAUACAAACUACCAUUAAUCUGAUUCUGUUCUAAUAAUGAUAACCUCUCCUCUCAUAAUGACAGUUUCAGAGAGAGACGAGUUCAAGAGAACCAACUUUGAUGUUGAGGCUGGGUUCAAAACCCUGACUGAGGAGAGCGAGGACCUGAAGAGGAAGCUGAAUAUCUCAGUUUCAGAGAGAGACGCUUUGAAGAGAACCAAGCUGGAUGUUGAGGCUGGUUUCAAAACCCUGACUGAGGAGAGAGAUGACCUGAAGAGGAAGCUGAAUAACUUAGCUCAAGGAAGAUGGGAGUAUUUCAACGGUAGUUUCUACUACAAAUCUACUAUCACUAAAACCUGGCAAGAGAGUAGAGAUGACUGUCUUCAAAAGGGUGCAGACCUGGUGAUUAUCAACAGCAAAGAAGAACAUGAUUUCCUAAGAAAAUUGAAGAAGGUCAUGUGGAUUGGCCUGACUGACUCAGAGACAGAGGGGACGUGGAAAUGGGUGGACGGGACUCCACUGAAUGAAAGAUACUGGGAUUCCGGGGAGCCUAACGGAGAGAAGAGUGAAAACUGUGUGGAAAUAAAGAAAUUUGAUUCAGAAAAUAGCUGGAAUGAUGUAAGCUGUUCCACUUCAAAGAACUGGAUCUGUGAAAUGAAAGUCAUUCCAUAACUCUCCAUCCAAACCCACCAGACAGAAAACUAACAACGAUAAAUGUAUUGCUGAUACAAUUUAAAUCUUCACAAAAGCAACCUGAAUGUGCUCAUGUAGACACAUCAUUUCCAAGUAAAAACAGCGUUUUAGGAUUUGCCAGCUCGGUGUGUGAUAAUCUGGAGCCUGGUUCUUUGCUCUGCAGUAAAGGGACCUGUUAACAUCUAGAAACAAAUGUCCAACCAGUUCACUGCUCUGGCUGAAAAAGAA